AGAUGCUUGAACCUGCAGCAAUGUAUAUAGAGCCAAAGCGUCCCCUCGAAGGAGGUGAACUUGACUUGGGGGAAUUUGGUUACUGCGACUUGGGCGGUAUUCUUGAACCGUGGAUCGCAGCUUUGACAAGAUCGCCCACGCCAAAGAAUAAGCAUCUUAUAGUAAUAGUGGACAGUAUUUGCUCGGGGAGGUUUGUUGAAGAUUUACAAAAGUUGGCAUCCAAAGAAGGUCCGUGGAAUCAGAAUGGUUGUGGUGUGACUGUACAGUCCGCCUGUGGAAGCGAUGAAGUGAAUUUUGCGAGGAAUUUUGUUGGAUAUUUCACUCCUUGCUUUGUCCACUUCAACAAACCGGAAAACCGCGACACUCUUCAGGAUUUGAAGCGAGAAUGGAACAGUAAAAAUGAGAUAAAAAAGAUUGUAUGCAGAUAUGAUCGUGAUCUGCCGUCUCCCGAAGCAGCGACAACAAUGCCAUUGGACAAGUUAAGUUCAACCAUAGAUUGUCCAACAGUGGAGUUCCAAGACCUUCCCGGCCUGACGCUCUUUCAAGAUGCUGGAUUCUUUAAAUUUUGCUUUGAUCAUUUUUGCAACUAA